AAUAGUUUUAGAUCGUAAAGAUGUCUUAGAAAUCGCCCUCGCAAAUCCAGCUGCUUCCUCUUAUGGCAAAGAACACGCUAAGAUUGCGUGCGGAGCGGGUCGCAGAGCCUUGGUCUCCCGUCUCAAGCCCGAGAUUGUCUCUGCAUCCCGGAAGAAGAAACUGUCUAAGCGAAUAUGAGAUCAAAUAGACUGACACUGUUGGGUAAUAACAAGUCAAGGAAGUGGGGGCAAACCAUUGCUACCUUUCACUUGAAAUAGCCUGUGCGUUACUGUUGGGAACACCUGAUUUUUCUUAUAUUCAUGAUGUCGGAAGGGAAAUCUCCUGACAAAAAAAGGCCUCGGAGAAGCUUAUCAAUCAGCAAGACUAAAAAAAAAGCAUCCAAUUCUAUAAUUUCCUAUUUUAGCAAUGCACCACCUGCUAAACUUGCUUGCCCCAUUUGUAGUAAAAUGGUGCCAAGAUAUAACUUAAACCAGCAUCUUGAUGAAAUGUGUGCUAACAAUAAUGAGGUUGGUCAAGGUGAUCCAGUGCAGGUUCGCUUAAUGAAUUCGAACAUGUCCACUGUAGAUUUAACCAGUACUAUCUUAGAUGAUGUAACACCAACGAAGUCAUCACCACGGAAGACACAUUUAAUUCCUGGCCAAAGCAGGUCAAAAAUGGGCAUAAAACAGCAGACCAGUCCCUACUUUAAAAGUACUGGUGGUUUGAUGUGCAAGAAUCAAGAUGAGGUCAGAGAUAAUACUGUGAAAAUCAUUUCUUUGGGAAGCCUGUCAUCUAAAUUGUCCAGAAAAUACACAAAGGCAAAAAAAUCAUUAGAUAAGAAUGAAGAAUUUGUCAGUCUUAGUCCACAGAAUUACAAAUCCACAGUUGUUAGGAGCCUGGUUGAUAACUGCUCAGAAAUUGAGGAUGUGGUUCAAAUUUUGGAAAAUAGUUCUCAAAAGGAAAACAUGUUUACAUGUGAUUCUCCAAAGGAAGAGAGUAUUCCUGAACACAUAGUAAGAAGCAGUAAAAUGGAAGCUGAAAGCCAAAAGGUUACCCAGGAAUGUGGGAAAUCAGCCCUCACAUCUGGCUUCUCAGGUAAUGCUCCUAUCUUAUUUUCACCAAAUUUAACUCUUGGAAGUAAAUUAAAGUGUACUUCAAAAGACAUCCUCAUAAAGCAAGAGAGUAUCCAAGGUGUGGAUGGUAAAAGUGUUGAAAAAUGUGAGGCAUGUAGUUGUGAAGAAGUAAAAAUGACUAUUGCUUGGGAAGCUAAAACACAGUCAUCACAUUCAGAAGUGGAUUCUCAUAUUUCUACAAAUGAUGCUUCUACCUGGAGUAAUAUUGAACAGCUUCCUCUGAAAGGUGACGAUGGCUCGAAGAAUGAUACCACUUGCAGUAUUCCUUUGUUGCAAGAGUCAAGCUGUGAUGGUCCUAGUCAUCCAUACUACCUUCGGAGUUUCCUUACAGUGCUAAAAGCUGUACUUGAGAAUGAAGAUGAUAGGAUGCUCUUUGAUGAAGAGGAGAAGGGAAUUGUAACUACAUUUUAUCAGUUAUCAGCUAGUGGUCAGAAGUUAUAUGUAAGGCUCUUUCAACGUAAAUUAAGCUGGAUUAAGAUGAGUAAAAUCGAGUAUGAAGAGAUUGCCCCAGACUUAACACCCGUGGUUGAAGAAUUGCAGCACGCAGGCUUUCUGCAGACAGAAUCUGAGUUGCAAGAACUCUCUGAAGUGCUUGAUCUUCUUUCUGCUCCUGAACUAAAAUCCCUGGCCAAGACCUUCCACUUGCUGAAUCCCAGUGGGCAGAAGCAGCAGCUUGUGGACACCUUUCUCAGGCUGGCCAAACAGCGCUCAGUCUGCACUUGGGGCAAGAAUCAGCCUGGAAUUGGUGCCGUGAUUUUAAAAAGAGCUAAACACUUGGCUGGCCGGUCUCUGAGGAUUUGUAAAGGCCCCAGGGCUGUGUUUUCUCGGAUCUUGCUGCUGUUUUCCUUGACUGACUCGGCGGAAGAUGAAGAUGCUGCCUGUGGUGGGCAGGGGCAGCUUUCCACAGUACUGCUGGUCAACCUGGGCCGAGUGGCAUUUCCUAGUUACACCAUCAAUCGGAAAACCCAGAUCUUCCAAGACAGAGAAGAUCUUAUCAGAUACGCAGCUGCUGUGCACACACUGAAUGACAUUUCCACCGCCAUGGCCAGCGGGAACUGGGAAGAGGCUAAGGAGCUCUCUCAAUGUGCAAAACAAGAUUGGAACAAACUGAAAAACCACCCUUCUCUGAGGUGCCAUGAGGACUUACCUCUCUUUCUGCGGUGUUUCACAGUGGGGUGGAUUUACACGAGGAUUUUGUCCCGGUCUGUUGAAAUACUGCAGAGAGUUCACAUGUAUGAGGAAGCUGUUGAGGAACUUGAAAGCCUUUUGUCUCAGAGAACUUACUGUCCUGACAGCAGAGGCCGAUGGUGGGACCGACUGGCCCUUAACCUCCACCAGCACCUGAAGCGCCUGGAACCGGCUAUUAAGUGCAUCCUGGAUGGGCUGGCAGAUCCAGAGGUGAGAACAGGACACCGGCUUUCACUGUAUCAGAGAGCCGUGCGCCUGCGGGAGUCUCCGAGCUGUAAGAAGUAUAAGCAUCUUUUCCAUCAGCUACCAGAAAUAACUGUGAAAGAUGUUAGACACGUGACCAUCACGGGCAGACUGUGUCCGCAGCGUGGGAUGGGCAAGUCCGUGUUUGUGAUGGAGGAUGGGGCCGCCACCGCCCCUACCACAGUCCUAUGCUCUGUGGAGGAGCUGGCCCUGGCCUAUUACAGACGCAGCGGUUUUGACCAGGGGAUUCAUGGAGAAGGGUCCACCUUCUGCACCCUGUAUGGUCUCCUCCUAUGGGAUGUAAUCUUCAUGGAUGGAAUACCAGACGUCUUCAGAAACGCCUACCAGGCCUUCCCACUGGACUUGUGCACGGACGGCUUCUUCACACGCAGGGCGCUGGCUCUUGAGGCCAGGCUGCAGCUGAUUCGUGAUGCUUCUGCAGAGAGCCUGCGAGCCUGGGUGGCAGCCACGUGGCAGGCCCAGAAGGGCAGGGCGGCUUCCCUUGUCAGCUGGGAUCGCUUUGCUUCCCUUCAGCAAGCUCAGGAUCUUGUCUCCUGCUUGGGGGGUCCUGUCCUCAGUGGCAUAUGCAGGCGCCUGGCUGCUGACUUUCGACACUGCCGAGGGGGUCUCCCUGACCUGGUGGUGUGGAGCUCCCAGAACCAUCGCUUUAAGCUGGUAGAAGUUAAAGGCCCCAAUGAUCGUCUUUCGCAUAAGCAAAUGAUCUGGCUGGAUGAACUGCAGAAGCUGGGGGCUGAAGUAGAAGUCUGCCACGUGGUUGCAGUUGGAGCCAAGAGCAAAGGCCUUAGCUAAAUGCUAAGGACUCAGGGAUAGCUGCUCACACAAUGACAUAUAAGAUUUUCUAAAACAUAAAGCAUUAUUACAUUUUAUUUAA